AUGUCGUAUAACCAAAAUUAUUAUAAUUUUCGAGGGAACAGUUUUACAUUCCGACAUAAUUAUCCACCACCUAACUAUAUACCAGGACCACCACCUCCUCCGUUGUAUUAUAUUCCGCCUAUUGCACAUCCAAAUGCUGAUACACCUGAAACAGAUCAGGAAUUCAUAACAAAAUUCGAACUAAAAACUACAACUAACAAUUCCGAAUCAAAACAAAAAUCAACAUCUAUAUCCAAAGUCAGAGAUGACAUAAACAAUAUAGUUUUAUCUGUGGAUAUUAUUAAAAGCAAAGAGAAAUAUUUGGCUGACAAUCUAAAAACACUGUCUGAUGAUGAAUGGCAGUCCAGGGUUGAAGAAAUUGAGCAAUGUAAAGCGAGUAUUAAUAAUUCACUCUCUAAUAUUAACAAUUUGCACAUGGAUACAUUGAAAAAGGUUAUAACAAAGAGGAUAGCGAAAAGGUUGAGAUUGAAGAGGUUACGCUUAGAAAGGAAGAAAGAGAAAGGAGACACCAUCCGAAGAUUGGAAGAGAAGUCGCGAAAGAUUGAUGAGAAUCUUCAGAAAAUUAAGGAUGAUAUUCUUAAAGUUAAACAGGAAGUGGAAGCCAAAUUGCAAGCAGAUAUGGUACUGAAGGAAGUUAUCAGGAAAAAGAGUGAUGCUAAGAAAUGUCUCGCAAAACUGGAUGCUCUGGUGAAGCUUCGUAAAGCUCGACAGAAUACAGCUAAAGGACGGGGUGCUCACGUGUCUGAAAAGGAAGCUGAAGAAUUUAUUAAUAGUAUUGAAAAAUUAAAGUCCUUAUGGGUAGAAAAACUGGCCGCGUAUGAUAAAGAAGAGAUGGAGUUACGUGAUAAGUUGCAGCAGGACAGUCAACAGAAUGAACUCAGCAAUGUGAGGGCAGAGCACAUUGUGGAGAACUUGAGCAUGUGGCGGGAGUGUCUGUUUGGUGGGUCACUGCCUCAGGUUGAUUUCUGUGGCGACCUCACCAAAUUUGUUGGUGUUAGAUCUCAAUGGGACCAGUUUGCAAGCGACGAAGGAUCUCCUCUUCCUGUUGGGUGGAUAAUACCACAAAUAAAAAACCCAUAGAGAAUGUGGGACGCAAAAUUUUUAUACUAACAAAUGGGUUACAGAUUGAAUUAUCUAUGCUAAUAAUCUAAAAACUAUAUGAAGAUUGCAACAUAAUGUUAUUGAAAUAAUUUUCUGGUUUUUGCAUUGUCUUUCAUCUCGCUUACACAAUUGUAGGAGCAUAUAUAUAUGCAAAAUAACCAUAUCUUAAAUUUAGAGAAGUUUAUAUUGUUACAAUGAUGUUUUCCAUCUCCCUUACAUUGUAAACCAUAGAUGUUGAAUGAUUGAUGUCUAUGGUGUCAUUGCUCUUACCUUCCAGUAAUGGUAUAUCCAACCGAUUCGAUAUUGAAAUUUCGGUUUUAAUAUUCUAUAGGUAAGAAAAGAGCU